AUGGAGCCAAAGGUAGAGCAAAAGCCACCAAAGAUCAAGGUGAUUGAUAAUAUUCCUGAGUUGGACUUGGCUACUCUAAAGAAGAAUUCACACAUGCUUGUGUCACCAACAUCUCAAUCAACAAUAUCAAGAAAAAACUCAAAUGGAAGAUUGAAUUGUCUAUGCUCUCCCACCACACAUGCUGGCUCCUUCAGAUGCAGACAUCAUCGAUCUUCUGGUUUGACUCGUGGUAGAUCUGUUGGAUCCAAUCUUCUUGAAUUGGGAUCAAAGACAGGCCCAAUAAGUGACUCACUCCAAGCUCAGUAA